AUGGACCUCGCCACCCAACUGCAAACCUCGCUCUCCAGCACCACCACGCCCGUCCCCUCCCUCCCCUGGCUGCGCGCCCUGACCAACAGCACCCGCCACCCACCACCACCACUGGCCUCGCUCCUGGCGACGGCGCGCACGCGGCUGCUGGCGUCCGACCUGACGGCGCCGGGCCUGCUGGACGCGGGGUACGCGGCGGCGCACGCGCUGCCGGCGGACCUGGCGCGGACGCACGCGGGGGCGCGCGAGGCGCGGCUGCCGCGCGACGUCGUCGUGCAGGUGCUCGACAUCGAGGACGUGGCGCGCGCGCGGUGGGAGCAGGUCGAGGCGCUGGAGGCGCUCGCGCGCGGGGAGGGCACGCGCGGCCGCGAGAUCGUCCGGCUGCCUGCCGCCGCUGCUGCUGCUGCUGCUGGCGGGGGUGGAGGAGAAGGAGAAGGAGGAGAAGGAGGUGAGGAGGAAGGGGUGGUGACGGGCGGCGGAAGCGGCAGGGCCGGCGGCAGGGCCGGCGGCAGCAGCUGCACGCACAAGCUGGUGGUGCAGGACUGCAAGGGGCAAAAGGUGCACGCGAUCGAGCUGCGGCGGGUGGAGCGCCUGGCGGUGGGCAAGACGUUCAUCGGGGAGAAAAUCCUGCUGCGGGCGGGGACUGUGAUUGCGAGAGGCGUGGUGCUGCUGGAUCCCGCUCAGUGCGUGGUGCUGGGCGGGAAGGUGGACGCGUGGCAUCGGGCGUGGGUCGACGGGCGCUUGGCCAGGCUGAGGGAGGCUGUUGGCGCCGACAGGAGAGAGUGA